GUGGAACGCAAAAGUCCUCAUUGCAUAAAUAUACCCAUCCAGAUCCUCGAUUUUCUUUUCAAUUGCUCUGCAAUCGUCUCAUAAUACUUCGUUGGACUUUCAAUGAACUACAAACCAAAACAUCUAUCCUCCACUUCAAAUCAAACUAUUCUUCUCCCUUACACCUUCUAACCUAAUCAUGACCACUCUCUUCUGCUGUGAUUCCCUCGAGUCCUUUCGUCCUCAACAACUCACCCACCAACAGAAAUUCACCAGCUUCAAAGUCUGGGCCGACUACCCUCGCUCCUCCUCCGUCACACCUCCCAAGGACUCAGGAGCUGACUCCAACCCCAUCGCUCCUACCACCCCGUACGCCAUCCAAUUUGUCCAACAAGUCAACUACGGUCCUCUUGAAUCUAAACGCUACUUCAUCCCCGAUGACACCUCCCCGGGAGAUUUUAUCGAGAUCACCGAACAGCAUCUGAUCCAAGCCAAUUAUCAGAAGUUGAAUUCAUAUAAGAACUUCAAAUGCACCUCUCAUAAUAAAUUCUUCGAGGUGAAUUUGUAUCAGAAGGAUCCGGUGAAUGUACAUCACUGGCGAACAAAUAUUGCGAGGGCCGGCGGGGAGAGAUCGAUCUUUGAGGCGAAGGUUGGAGGAGGGAAGUGGGGAAAUGGAUCUGUGGUCUUGAGUUUCUUGGUUCUUGUUGUUUUGCUGUGCUGUGCUGGUGAUUUGGAUGGAUAUCAUGAUACUUGCUGUACUGUGCUGUGCUGUGCUGUGCUACUGUGUUGGAUUGCAAUUUUCAUUCAGAAUUUCUUGGGAUGAAAUACAAUAGUUGGAUAUGCAGAUGUGUGCAAAAUUUUGGACGGAUUUGAAUGGUUUUGAUCCAUAAUUUCACUAUUUCACUAUUUCACUAUUUCACUCAACGAUUUUCUGAAUGAAAGGAAGAGUGAGGUGCACUAAAAUUUACUAGAGAUUGUGAAUGCAG